AUGGCCCCCCCCACCAACACCAGACCGAUCGUGAUCACCGGCCCCUCAGGCGUCGGCAAGGGCUCGCUGAUCGCGAAACUCUUCGCCGAGCACCCCAACACCUUCGCCUUCACAGUCUCCCACACAACCCGCCAACCCCGCGCCGGUGAAACCGACGGAACAAGCUACUUCUUCGUCGACCGCCCCCAAUUCGACACCCUCGUCGCCGAGGGUGCCUUCGUCGAGCAUGCGCAAUUCGGCUCAAACAAGUACGGUACCAGCCACAGGACCAUCGGCGACCAGAUGGCCAAGGGUCUGGUCGUUGUGCUGGAUAUCGAGAUGAACGGCGUGCAGCAGAUUAAGGCCAACCCCAGCAUCGAUCCUCGUUAUGUGUUUAUUCAGCCGCCUAGCCUGCAGGUUUUGGAGCAGCGAUUGAGGGGGCGCGGUACGGAGACUGAUGCGGAUGUGCAGGCUAGGCUUGCGCAGGCUACUGCGGAGCUGGAGUAUGGCAACUCGCAGACUGAGGAUAUGCACAUUGUUAAUGAUGAUUUGGAGGUGGCUUACAGGGAGCUGGAGGCGUACAUCUUCCAACAAUAA